CCAAACAAGGAAAGUCGCUUUUAAUUUUUCUAUCGACGCACUCAACUCAACGCAUUUUUUGACCUUUCUAAACUUUUAUACCUUUCUCUGCUCGCCUCUUUGCACCUUUUGUCAAGUUUGUUCUCUUUUUCUCUCUCAAUCAGAGGCGAUCCUCGAGGUUUUUCAAUGGCUUCCAAGCGGAUCUUGAAGGAGCUCAAGGAUCUCCAGAAGGAUCCUCCUACCUCUUGCAGCGCUGGUCCGGUAGCUGAGGACAUGUUUCACUGGCAAGCAACAAUAAUGGGUCCUCCUGACAGUCCUUACACUGGAGGCGUGUUUCUAGUUACUAUUCAUUUUCCUCCUGAUUAUCCAUUUAAGCCACCUAAGGUUGCAUUCAGGACAAAGGUUUUUCACCCAAAUAUUAACAGUAAUGGCAGCAUUUGCCUUGACAUUCUAAAGGAGCAGUGGAGCCCAGCCCUGACAAUAUCUAAGGUGUUGCUCUCCAUAUGUUCCCUCUUGACGGACCCAAACCCAGAUGAUCCCUUGGUGCCAGAAAUUGCUCACAUGUACAAGACAGACAGGGCCAAGUACGAGGCAACUGCUAGGAGCUGGACACAGAAGUAUGCCAUGGGAUAGCUCAGUCUAUGGUUGGGAGAUUUAGAUGUCAAUCAUUGUUGUGUACAAAUGAUGUGUGUUUUCCCAUGUCUAAUGCUCUCUGUUAUGAACAAAUGAAGAGUCGAUUUACACAUUGCAUCCUUGAAAAAAAACAAAAAGAUAAUUUAGGUUGUGUUGCGUAAGCUUAUCUUGAACUGUGAAAAGAUCUGUAGUUGAUAUUUAAUGGUACCAUUUAAUCCAUUAUAUAAUAUGUAUUGAACCCUGGAGAUUCUAACUUCCUUUGGUAAUGUAACAUAACAUAUUUGAUCUGUGCACGA